CUGGUGAAUUCCCCAAAGGCAAUGCUCUCCCCACCCCCACCCGCCUUAUCUAGGGUUAAGGGGUGUUAUUGGAUACGGUAAUCAUCAACCUUGGCCUUAGCCAACCCUUUUCCUGGAAUCAAUCAUUUGUCCAUUCUGUUCUAGCAAGCUGGCUGGCUAGCUAGAGGACUGGUGGUCUUUCUGGUCACAGUUCACAAAAAUCACAGAGAAUAUAUGUAUAAUAGCCCAUUAUCAUCAUCAUCAUCAUCGUCAUCAUCAUGCAAUCCCCUUGCCAUAGAGAUGCCUCCAAAGCAUGCUUCCAUGGCUGCUUUCCGGCCCCCUUUUCGGGCGAGCAGCUGCAGCACCCAAAUCCCUCCAGGUCCGGCGGCGCCUCUCCCCGGCAGGACUUCGUGGCCGCCACCGCUUCCUCCCUCCACCCAGUAGACACCACCCGUUUCACCAACCACGAGUCCCUGCCUUCUCUGCCCCAAGCAUUUUCCUACUUCACCACUUCAUUUCCCCACUACUCCCACACCUCUAAAGCCGAUCAAAUCAGAGCCCAGCACUACUUCCAUCUCUCUCUCUCCAACCAUGUCUGCCUCGAUUACCUUGGCCACUGCCUCUUCUCCUAUUCUCAGCACCUGAUUCCUCCCAAUCCCUCUUCAAUUGCCUCUUCGUCUUCGUCUCCACCUGCUCCUCUUCCUCCAUCUCUGGAUCCUAAUUAUUCUUCAAUUUCAAACAAAGUUCCCUUCUUUGACAUCGUCUACAAGUCAGUCAGUCUAAGUUCCCAAGUUUUACACGGCGGCGGCGAAAAGUCACAAUUCGAAGCCAGAAUCCGGAGAAGAAUCAUGGGCUUCAUGAACAUCUCAGAAGAGGAUUACUCCCUGGUUUUCACAACCAACAAGUCAUCCGCCUUCAGGGUUCUAGCAGACUCUUAUCCAUUCCACUUGAAUGGGAACCUUGUUACUGUGUACGACCAUGACAGCGAGGCAGUGGAAGCCAUGGUCAAAAGCGCCAAGAAGCGAGGCGCCCGGGUCGGGUCGGCCGAGUUCUCGUGGCCGAGCUUGAGGAUCCAAACCAGGAAAUUGAGGAAGAUGGUGGCGAGCAAGGGGAAGAAAAGGAAAAGGCCGGGGCUGUUCGUUUUCCCCCUUCAAUCCGGGACCAGUGGAGCGCGGUAUCCGUAUCUGUGGAUAAGCUUGGCUCAGGAAAACGGGUGGCAUAUAUUGCUCGACGCAAGCGCAUUGGGAGCCAAGGACAUGGAUACCCUGGGCCUCUCCCUCUUCCAGCCGGACUUCAUCAUCUGCUCCUUCUUCAAAGUCUUCGGGCACAACCCGUCUGGCUUCGGCUGCCUCUUCGUCAAGAAGUCGACUGCUAAAUCAGUGUUCAGCUCCACCGCAGCCGCAAGCACUGGAAUUGUGAGUCUAAUUGCAAUCCGGCAGCAGAGUAGCGAUGAUCGUCAUCAUCAGGAAAUUUCUCAAGCAACACUAGAAGAAAAAGGUAAAGAAAUUGUGGAAGGGAUAGUGGAUAAGCCCAGUAGCGGCAGCAGCAGCGGUGGUAGUACGUCGUCGUCAGAUCAUCAUCAUCAUCAGUUGGAAUUCAACGGUUUGGAUGAUGCAGAUUCAUUGGGGCUGAUAUUGAUCAGUAGCAGGUCGAGGUACCUGGUCAACUGGUUGGUGAAUGCAUUGACGAGCCUUCAACACCCGCAUUCAUCAUCAGAAGAAAACAGGGGCCUCCCAUUGGUCAGAAUCUACGGGCCAAAGAUCAGGAUAGGCCGAGGACCCGCUGUGGCCUUCAACGUGUAUGACUGGAAAGGGGAGAAGGUGGAAGCCACACUGGUUCAGAGGCUGGCCGAUAGGAACAAUAUCUCCAUCAGCUGUGGGUUCUUGAAGAAUAUUUGGUUCUCUGACAAGUACGAACAAGAGAGGGAGAGACAUUUGGAGAUGAAGAAGAGAAGUAGAACCAGGGAAGGAAGAGGAGGAGAAGAAGAAGAAGAAGGAAUUACUAUUGCUAGUAGUAGUGGUGGUGGAGUGGGAGGAGGAGGUGGAGACGGGAUAAAUGUAUUGACGGUGUGCAUUGGGUUCCUCAGCAACUUCGAAGACAUGUACAGGGUUUGGGCGUUUGUGGCCAGGUUUCUGGACGCCGACUUCGUCGAGAAGGAGCGGUGGCGAUACCUCACUCUCAAUCAAACCACCGUUGAACUUUAACUAUGCGGUGGCAGCGGCUGUUGUACCGGGGAUUCUUUCAUUCUUCCCCGGCCAUUUUUAGGAGGUGCUACGGAAAUUCUAUUUGCACUUAUACUUUUUACUUUUGUAGUUAUUUUUUAAUAUAUCUAAAAUAGUCUCAAAUAAAAAUUUAA